CGAAAUUUGUAUUAGACCCAUACAGUUGACUCGCUUGAGAAAGAUAUUAAUAGCCAUAAAACUGUGACGCUUACGUAUAUAUUCUGUUACUAAACCUUGAUUUUGUAUGAAGCAUAAAAAGUUGUUGUGAAAUGAAUCUAAUUUUUCUGUGUUAAAUCUUAUUUUCUUUAUUUAUUUCAAUUGAUGAUUGAAAGAAUUGAACUUAAAAUAAUGGACAGCAGUAAAAACGGCCAAGAAGUUCCGAAGAAUGAAAUAGUUGAGACAAACGUUAGUAACGCAGCAAGAUCAGAUAUGGAACCUCUAGUUCCAGGAGAACAAGUUUAUAUUGCUUUGCUCAAAGAUGUCACAUAUCUAUGUCCAUACAUGGGUGCCAUCUCUGGCCAACUAAUAAUCACCAACUAUAAACUCCAUUUCUCCAAACCUUCAAUGCCAGAAAAGGAAACUAGCUUUGUGGUGGAAGUCCCUUUAUGUACGAUCAGUCGAGUAGAAAAAGUGGGAGGAGCCACUACUGCAUCACGUGCCACUGAUGGCAGAAAUCCUUAUGGUCUUGAAGUUGGUUGCAAAGAUAUGAGAGUGCUACGGUUCGUUAUGCGACAAGAAAGCAGACAGCGGAGAAUGGUCUAUGAAAAGCUACAAGAACUCUGUUUUCCAGUUUCUAAUAAAAUGCCAUUUUUUGCUUACAUCUACAAAGAGGAAUAUCCUGAGGAAGCCAAUGGUUGGAUGAUGUACAGCGCAAAAGCUGAAUACCACAGACAGGGUUUACCUGUUGAAGGCUGGAGAUUCACUAAAGCUAACAGCAAAUACGAGCUCUGUGACACAUAUCCACAACUUUUGGUUGUCCCAUCUCCCGCCUCUGAUGAUGAUUUGAAACAAGUUUCCCAGUUCCGAAGUAGAAGCAGAAUCCCUGUGUUAUCGUGGAUACACCCUGAAAGUCAAGCGACAAUUACGAGGUGCUCUCAGCCACUAGUGGGCAUCGGUAACAAACGAAGCAGAGAUGACGAACGUUAUGUCCAUCUUAUCCUUGAAGCAAACCCUCAUGCUCAUAAACUACUUAUAUUCGAUGCAAGACCUCAGGCCAAUGCUGUUGCUAAUGUGGCUCGUGGCGGUGGCUAUGAAAAAUCAGAAGCGUACACAACUUCUGAGCUUAUAUUCUGCGAUGUGCAUAACAUCCAUGUUAUGAGAGAAUCACUAAGGAAACUCCAAGAUACUUGUUUUGCACAAAAUCCUAACGAAGAUAAACACUGGUUGUCCAACUUGGAACAAACCCAAUGGCUGCACCAUACAAAGGUGAUUUUAGCAGCAGCUACACGUAUUGCAGAUCGAGUUGAAAGUGGAAAGUCAUCAGUUCUUGUACAUUGCAGUGACGGCUGGGAUCGAACUGCACAGUUAACUUCAUUGAGUAUGAUCAUGCUGGACUCAUACUAUAGAACACUGGAUGGCUUUAUUGUGCUCAUUGAAAAAGAAUGGUUAAGUUUUGGACACAAGUUCCAGCAAAGAAUCGGCCACGGAGAUAAAAACCAUUCGGAUUCAGAAAGAUCUCCUGUGUUUUUACAGUUUAUUGACUGUGUGUGGCAAAUGACACAACAGUUUCCUACUGCAUUUGAAUUCAAUGAAUAUCUGCUUAUUUUAAUCCUGGAGCAUCUAUAUUCGUGUCUGUUUGGAACAUUUCUUUAUAACUGUGACCGUGAAAGAAGAAAGGAGGAAGUAAAGAAGAGAACAAAGUCUCUGUGGUCAUUAGUCCAUAAAAGGAAGGAAGAAUAUCUUAAUGCACUAUAUGUGUCAGCCUACCAGAAUCAUGUACUUCUUCCUGUCCCAGCUGUAAGGCAUCUUGAUUUUUGGUCAAAUAAUUAUGCCAGGUGGAACCCAAAAAUGAAAUCUCAGGAGCCUAUUCAAGAACGACACAAGGAAUUGUUAAAAAUUCGUGACUAUCUGAAGAAAAAGGUUGAAGAUUUGGAACGGCAGCUCGCAGCAAAACAGCUUUCCCCUUCGGGCGGACCAAAACUAACUGUUCAUUCAGAUGCAGAGCCUUUGGCUGUUUAGUAAUGCUUAUGCACGCAAUAUUUAACAAAUGUUUCCAUAGUAUUUGUCCUAACUGUUCAUCUUUAUUAGAGAGUGUGUAUUGUUCUUUAAAUGUUGAUCUUUUUAUAAUCAUAUGUUCAGAAUUAUGUAUGUUUAAAACUGUAGCUUUGCACAGCAGCCAUGUGUUUGCUUGGUGGUCAUUAAUUAAAGUGAUACUUGUUAUUUUACUGAAGGCUCAAAAUUAAAUGAUG